AUGAAGCUUCAUUCCAUUGAUGGAAGUUGUGUCACCCUUAUACGAGAAACAGAACCACAGGCAUCUCUUACUAUCUUGUUGGCGUGUUUAUCUGCAUGCUCUACUCGAUACUCAUUAACCGUUAGAUCACUGUUUAUUUGGAUUUUCCAGAUCCAAGCUCCGCUAUUGAGAGUCUAUUUGUUCCACUAUGGAGAAGUUGGUAAAAUGUCCAUGAACGGAAUCUCCCGAACGAAUGUGGCCGGGGGUUAUCGGUUUCAUUCGAUUAAUUUAAUUACAGCAGCUUUGUUUGGUGUUAUAAUUAUAGAACAGCACAAUCUAGGACAGGUAUCGGCAAAGAAACGAAUGGCACAGUUGCUCUUCUACUUCUCGGCCAAAGUAACUACAUUCAUACCGUGCCCAUUAGUGGCUGUUCUCAUAGGCAUUGCUUCAAAAUUCUAG